CGCCCCCAACGCGGUAAGGCGCGCAGGGGACGCGCUGCGAGGGCGUUACCCCAUCAAGAUAUACAUUUGCAGGUUCGGGCUUGGGACAUCGUAUUCAUCUACCAUGAUCCACUUUGCUUGUUUAUUGUAGAAACAUCCGUAGAGCUGGUGUGGUGAUCAGGAGAGAGCAUGUCGGACAACAGCACCAUGGCACCUCGGACAGUCUGGCUGGGCAGAGGCUCUGUUGCGUAGCAAGAUCCUUCGAUGGAGCGAGGGGGGGCUCAAGGAGACAUAAGUAGCAGCGUGGAUGCUGCGGUGGAAGUAGCAUCAUCAGCUUCCAUCGCUUCUCUCCGCAUCUCAGCAAUUACUUGUGCUCUUCCACCUACCACAUCGUCCAUUCGCAAAUCCCAACUUCUGCACCAAGCCAACCAAAGCACCAAAAUGAAGUUCACCCCCAUCCUCCUCUUUGCCGCCUCCCUGGCCUCCGUCUCUUCAACCGCCAUCCCCGACCCCCAAACCCUCGAGUGCGGGGAGCUCGGCCGCAUGAACAUCAAGCCCGGCGACCUCCCACCCAACGUGCACAUCAGCGACGUGCGCACCUGCCGCGACCACCCCGAGACGACGUCCGUCAACAAGCGCAAGCACGACGGCACGCCCGCCAUCUUCAAGCGCGAGUGCAACUCCUCGGGCAAGAGCAAGGGCUGCUCCAAGAACGGGUACUGCUGGAAGGAGUGUGGCGGGGGGCACCAGUGGUGCUGGGUUGCGCUGGCGGAGGGUUGGGGACCUUGGAAGACGUGCUCGAAUGACGGGCAGUGCAAGAGCAGUGAUUCGUGUGCGAAGGGGGAUUGCAAGGACUGCGGGUGCUCGUGCUGAGUACGGAGAAUGGAGUAGUGUAGUAGUGAGACGGUGAAGAUGGUAUAUCCUUGA